UAGCGGGUUGCGUAAUUAUGUCAGUCUAUUCUCUCCGGCGACACUUGGCACAGGCGGUUGGGUUAUUUGUGGGCUAGCCGAAAACGUGUUUUUCUUGCAUCGCGCCAUCUGUUUUUACUGCGGGUCAGACUGGACAGCCUUAUCGCCAUUCUAUUAUUCCACCAGUGCGACGAAUAAGAAAACGCCGUAAAUCAAUCCCUCUCCCAAUCGCGUCCAGUCGGCGAGAAACGUCCACCCACUUCACGGCAGUGCCAGACAAGGAGCCUCUCAAUGAUGUCAUCAUAUUAUCAUUCGGGAAAGGAAACAGACAUGGCGACGAUGACCGAGCCGCUCUGCCUAGAAAGAGAUGUGUGCAGGGUGAUAGAGCUGCUGGACCGGCUGCAGAGAAGCGGUGAGCUUCCUCCUCCCAAACUCCAGGCCUUGCAGAGAGUCCUGCAGAGCAAGUUCUGUGCUGCCAUCAGAGAGGUGUAUGAACAGCUCUAUGACACUCUUGACAUAGUGGGAGGGCCUGAGGUUCGUGCCCAGGCAACUGCCAAGGCCACAGUGGCUGCAUUUGCGGCCAGCGAGGGACAUGCCCACCCACGGGUGGUGGAGCUGCCCAAGACAGAGGAGGGCCUGGGAUUCAACAUCAUGGGGGGCAAGGAGCAGAACUCCCCAAUCUACAUCUCCAGGGUCAUCCCUGGGGGAGUGGCAGACCGGCAGGGGGGGCUGAAGAGGGGUGACCAACUGCUCUCCGUCAAUGGAGUGAGUGUGGAGGGGGAGCACCAUGAGAAGGCAGUGGAGCUGCUGAAGGCUGCCCAGGGCUCAGUGAAACUAGUGGUCAGGUACACGCCCAAGGUGCUGGAGGAGAUGGAGGCCCGCUUUGAGAAGAUGAGGAGCGCCAGAAGACGCCAGCAGCACACAAGCUACUCGUGAGGGAACACACAGACACACAAACACACGCACAAACAAGCAAGUCUCUGGAGUCCCGAGGCUAGCCACUCCCACCCUCAGUCAAGCCUGUUGGACCCGCCACCUUAGUUCUGCUCCAAUACGAGGCCAGAUGAUAGAGAAGAAGGAAGAAACCAAAGUAGCCAACUUAGAUCUAUUAUUUAUGUAUGUUUUGUGAAAUGUUCCAAAUUAGGCAUCUAUUAUCCCCCUCCUCUCCCUAAACCUUAUCAGGGGACUGCCUAACCCUAGCUCAUUCUCUAUCCUGUAUGUGAUUUUCUCUCCCAGUGUGAAAACUGCAUCCUAGUGUAUGGCAACCAUGUGUUUAGCGUAAGAACAGAGGAGAGUAAGCAUGGUGGAUGUAAUUUAAAUGCAUAGGUCUAUUUACUUUUCUACUCUAUAGUUGUAUGUAUGUAUGUAUGUAUGUAUGUAUGUAUGUAUGUAUGUAUGUAUGUAUGUAUGGAUGGAUGUAUGGAUGUAUGGAUGUAUGGAUGUAUGGAUGUAUGGAUGGAUGGAUGGAUGGAUGGAUGGAUGGAUGGAUGGAUGGAUGGAUGGAUGGAUGGCACUCGAAAGCAGAGUGCAAUGUUCCUAGCGCUGUACCUCGACAGCAGAAGCUAUCUAAGUACAGUUUAGGUAGGGUUAGCAUUCCAAGGCUUUCAUAUUGACUAUUUGUUAAUUUAUGCACUUAUUUAUUCAUGAAAUAAAGCCGGUGAAGGUUUGAACAGUCA